AUGGCAGCUACAAUCAAGCCUAUAGAAGGACGAAGUAUCCAUCUGAUACAGUCUGGUCAGGUCAUUGUAGACCUAUGCUCUGUCGUGAAGGAGCUAGUAGAGAACAGCAUUGAUGCUGGUGCCACCAUUAUAGAUGUGCGCUUCAAAAAUCAAGGCCUGGACUUGGUUGAAGUACAAGACAAUGGCUCGGGCAUCUGCCCUGCCAACUAUCCUUCCAUUGCCUUGAAGCACCAUACUUCGAAACUAUCGUCAUACUCCGAUAUCGCGUCCUUGAGGACUUUCGGAUUCCGAGGAGAAGCUCUGGCAUCUUUAUGUGCUCUAUCGUCUGUAACCAUCACCACUUGCCUUGAAUCUGAGGUUCCGAGGGGCUGCAAACUUGGCUUCGAAAUCUCGGGCAAACUCGCAAGCACAACAAUGGUGGCAUCCCAGAGAGGAACUACUGUAUCGGUUGAAAAGUUGUUCCAUAAUUUGCCAGUGCGUCGCCGGGAGCUAGAGCGCAAUAUAAAAAGAGAAUGGCAUAAGGUCAUUGCCUUGCUUAAUCAAUAUGCUUGCGUCCAGACCAAUCUCAAAUUCUCUGUAUCACAGCAGCCUACCAAGGGAAAGCGCAUCAUCCUAUUUUCCACCAAGAGUAACCCCACCACUCGCGAAAAUAUAAUCAAUAUAUUCGGCUCCAAAGCAAUGUCUACCCUGGUUUCUCUGGAUCUGCUGCUGGAAAUGCAUCCAUCAAAUGUCGGUCCGGACUUACGGACUGAUCAAGAGUCCAAGCAAGUGCGCAUCCUGGGCCAUGUUUCGCGUCCAGUUCAUGGAGACGGCAGGCAAGCCCCAGAUCGGCAAAUGUUUUUUGUAAAUGGAAGACCAUGUGGGCUGCCACAAUUUGCUAAGACAUUCAACGAAGUUUAUAAGGCUUACAACAUCUCUCAGUCGCCAUUCAUAUUCGCCGAUGUUCAGCUCGAUACAAAAAUGUAUGAUGUGAAUGUCAGUCCUGACAAACGGAGCAUUCUUCUUCAUGAUCAAAGCUUGUUGCUCGAUCGUCUUCGUUCAUCUUUGAUCAGAUUGUUCGACAGUCAUGACUAUCAACUACCUACGACUCAGGUCCUCAUUACAGAGACCCCGAGUUGUCCAGCUUCCGUCGAUGCUAAUAGGCGGUCAAUACCUUUGAUUAGAGAAAAUCCGCCUUAUACUUCCGAAUCUGAGCUCUCCGCGACUUCACAUGGUGAACCAGAUGGGGGGUCUCCAUCUAACACUGGCUUUGUUAAAGGGAAGUCAUCGCAAUUGGCAAUGCGGGAGGAGAAGAUUGCCUCAGGAGGAAGGGAAGGGGCCAAAAUCGCACCAGAAUCUCUCACAAAGUGGUUUGGGUGUGAUGCAAACCGACCACCGAUUUCAAACUCUGCUAGCCAAAAUACGCAUGUCAAACAGAACCGGCCUAGCUUGAGUUUAUUUGCCUCGAGUCGGACGAUAGCUUUAACCGACUCAGAUACAGAACAGACCCCACAAAGCCAAUCCUUGAGGCGCGUGGAUCCUAUCGCUGAUACGGCACCAAGGAAUACAACAGUGGUAGACCACGGAACCAAUUCCCACAAGCCUAGUGAAGCCGUAUCGGAUUCGAGAAGUCCAACGGCGUUCUCUUGGAAUGCCAUCUCUAGUGGGCCAUCAACGUCUUUAGUUCAAACAAUUGGACAUGGUGAUACUGUACUGCUUAUCCAGAAGAAGAAACCACACAAGGGAGCGGUACCGCAAACUUCAGAGAACUCGCACUCUUCUCAUCUUCCCAAUUCAGGGCACACUGGAAAAGUUUGCAGUUUCAGCGAAUUUCAAGAGAGAAACGCUCAGCAUAGCUGUUCGGGUUGUUCAUCUGACCCGGAAAGUACUGGAGAUACUAUCCUUGACGACAAGCUUUCUUCCUCUAAUACGAAGGCAGAGCUAUCGGAAGCAUCGACUCUUCAUCCCAAGGGAAUGGCAAAAGAUAAUACGGAGAACUUAGGGGGCGCCAGAUGUGUGACGCCACAUUCUAACCAACCACAAAUUGAAGAAGACGAGCACAUUGACCGAUCCAUAUCUGACUCAAACGAUGAAGAUAAUGUCGCUCAAGGAGAUACCAACGGAAGGCCUCAUGCGAAUAGUUCGGCAGCUCGUAGAACCAGAGCUCUGGGAGACGGACUACGCAAGAAGUUUGGAACAGCUCAACACUCACAGAUAAUACGAGCAACUGAAGCCACACUAGCGUCCCUCUCCAGCUCAUGGUUGGCCUACUCAGUCCGAAACAUUUCAGGUCCAGUUGAGGAGAGGGUAGCAGACAUCACUGCAUCUGACGCCGAAUCAAAGCUCCCCCUUAUUAUAGCAAAAGAUGACUUCUCGGAGAUGAGAGUGGUCGGUCAAUUUAAUUUAGGGUUCAUCAUCGCAGUGCGUCCCAAAUCACACCGGCAUACAUGCCAUGAGGCUAAUGACGCGGAUGAGCUCUUUAUAAUAGAUCAACAUGCUUCGGACGAAAAAUUCAACUUUGAACGACUACAAUUGAAUACUGUUAUUCAGUCACAGCGACUUGUCUACCCCAAAGCACUCCAGCUGACGGCCCUGGAGGAAGAAAUUGUUCUUGGGAAUCUAUCAGCCUUAGAAGCCAAUGGUUUCAAAAUCCAGGUGGAUUCCACAGGAGGCUCGCCGGUUGGGGCGCGUUGCCAGCUCUUGGCAUUACCCUUGAGCCGUGAAGUGGCCUUUACACUUAACGAUUUGGAGGAACUGAUCACAUUGCUUGCUGAGGAGUCAUCUGGUUCACGGCACAUCCCCAGGCCGUCGAGAGUGCGUAAAAUGUUCGCAAUGAGGGCAUGUCGGAGCAGUAUCAUGAUCGGUAAACCCUUGACUACAAGCCAAAUGUACUCGCUGGUAAGGCACAUGGGUGAACUAGAUAAGCCGUGGAAUUGCCCGCAUGGGCGGCCGACAAUGCGUCAUCUUUGCUCUCUGCUGGCCUGGGACAAGGCAAAGUGGGUGGCCGAUUUGCAUGGUAAUUCUACAACAGAAUCAUGGCUCGCAUACAGUAUGGAUAAUUGA